GUGUGCCGUGUCCCCUCUGUCCUCCCUCUUCUCCCCCUCCCCGGACUCUGCAGCAAUAGGGGGAGUCAGCAGCAGCAGCAGAAGCAGAGAGCGCAGCAUCCCCUGCACCAAGGAUGAAGGACCGGACCCAGGAGCUCAGGAGUGCUAAAGACAGCGAUGACGAUGAGGAGAUUGUUCACGUGGAUCGAGAUCAUUUUAUGGAUGAAUUCUUUGAACAGGUGGAGGAGAUUCGGGGCUGUAUAGAAAAGCUGUCAGACGAUGUGGAGCAGGUGAAGAAACAGCACAGCGCCAUCUUGGCUGCACCUAAUCCUGAUGAGAAAACUAAACAGGAGCUGGAGGAUCUCACGGCCGACAUCAAGAAAACGGCCAACUAGCGCAGCUCUGUCAACACAAUUGAGCAAAGCAUUGAGCAGGAAGAGGGUCUUAAUCGCUCCUCGGCCGACCUGCGUAUCCGGAAAACACAGCACUCUACGCUGUCCCGCAAGUUUGUGGAGGUGAUGACAGAGUACAAUGCAACGCAGUCAAAAUACAGGGACCGCUGCAAGGACCGCAUCCAGAGACAGCUGGAAAUCACCGGCAGAACUACGACCAAUGAAGAGCUGGAAGAUAUGUUGGAGAGUGGGAAGCUGGCCAUAUUCACAGACGACAUCAAGAUGGACUCCCAGAUGACCAAACAAGCUCUUAACGAGAUUGAGACACGGCACACUGAGAUCAUAAAGCUGGAAAACAGCAUCCGAGAGCUGCAUGACAUGUUUGUAGACAUGGCCAUGCUUGUGGAAAGUCAGGGGGAGAUGAUAGACCGUAUUGAGUAUAACGUGGAACACUCCGUGGACUAUGUGGAACGGGCGGUGUCUGAUACCAAGAAAGCUGUGAAAUAUCAGAGCAAAGCACGAAGGAAAAUCAUGAUUAUCAUCUGUUGUGUUGUGUUGGGUGUUGUCUUGGCCUCCUCUAUUGGGGGGACGCUGGGAUUCUGAAGCAAAACAAAAUGCACAAUGCAGAUUAAAAGGAGAGAUAAAGAAGAUAGCGAAUUACAAAAAAAAAAGAUUUAAAAAAC